UAUAAAACAUGCAAUUCUGCCAUACAAAUGGUACAUACUGACGUCUAAUUAUUAUUCUAAUGAACUAAAACAAUUGUGAUGCGUGUGUAUGAUCUGGACGUCGUAUUACGAUUCAUGGCGGGUGCAGUGUUUACUAUAGAUGCCAAUGUCUGGCAUAAUAUAUAAUUUGUCAGAAUGUAGUGUUUAUAUGCUUUUGUAAUGUUUUUUACAAAUCAACAGACGAUUCUAAUAUGUUCCUGUUUUACAAUAAGGCCGAACUUUGCUCGUUUUCGUCAUAUUGAAUGGAAGACAAUAUUGUAUAUGAUUUGACACUGUCUAAUGUCUCGACUCCGAACGUCCCGUUCUCACUGACAAUAAUAUUGACCAAUGUUCAUUGUUGAUAUCAUCACAAAAUACUGUUUGCACAUCAACAGGAUUUAAAAAUGAUAUGAUAUAUGCUUGUCUUGUAAAAUUGUGAGAGAGCCACUCCCCCUUUUAAAAUAUUGCUGGAUAUUAAUUUCAAUCUGAUCAAAUGAUGGAGGCAUUAAGUAGAUUACCGUUGAUUAUAGAUUGGGUACACAAUAUGAGCACCCAUAAGCAGUAAUCUAACUAUGUAGUAGAGGUGCGAGUUAGUCAUGUCAGGGAGAGUGAAGAGACCUCACCGUGACGAUAGCAUCGUAACAUCACCAACUAAAAGAUCUCGAAAGUCUAAGUUUGAAGACGAAAGUAACACAAACAGUAGCAAAUCAUCAUGUGGCAGUUCAGGUGGUGGACAAGGUACCAUUUCGAACAGUUCCGGCCCAGCAACAGGAGGGGGUGGGAGCGGCGCGACUCCCACCCCCUCCACAAGCGCUCAGGGAACCGGAGGCUGGCAGCCCAAGCCUCUGACAGAUCUCAAGAUAUCCAGCAUAUAUAAUCGCAGUGCUCCAGAAGCACCUGCUGAACUAUUCAGGAAAGAUCUGAUAUCUGCUAUGAAGUUGCCUGAUUCUGAACCAUUAGCACAUGAUGAGUAUUGGGUAAUUACAGACCAAUGGAAACAAGAAUGGGAGCGUGGUGUGCAGGUUCCAGUUAAUCCUGAUUCACUGCCUGAACCGGCUGUCAGCACAUUGCAGAAAUCAUAUCAUCACAGCCGUCAAGAUUUCAAACUUCCCAAGAAUAAAUUCAUACGCAUUACAAAGGAUGAUAGUUUUACUCAAGAUCUGCAUUAUUUAUCAAGCGCUCCUGCCUUAGCAGAAGCUUCCUGCAGAUAUGACUUGGAUGAUUGUGAUUCUGCCUGGUUAGGUUUGAUGAAUGGUGAAAGGGCUUUGUCAGGUUUGGGACCGGUAACUGAAGAACAGCUGGAAAGGGUGCUUGAGGAACUGGAGGUUCGAUGCUGGGAUAGGAUUCAAUCUAUUAUGAAAAGUGAAGAAGGGCUAGGAAUAGAAUUUGAUGAAAAUGUUAUCUGUGAUGUUUGCCGAUCUCCAGACUCUGAGGAAGCAAAUGAAAUGGUAUUUUGUGACAGUUGUAAUAUUUGUGUUCAUCAAGCUUGCUACGGUAUAACAACAAUACCCUCAGGUCAAUGGUUGUGUAGAACUUGUUCACUGGGCAAGAGGCCAGAUUGUGUUUUAUGUCCAAACAAAGGAGGGGCCAUGAAAUGCACAAAAUCAGGUCAGAAAUGGGCUCAUGUUUCUUGUGCAUUGUGGAUACCUGAAGUGAGUAUAGGUUGUGUUGAGCGAAUGGAACCCAUCACCAAAAUUUCUGCCAUUCCGACAAGUAGAUGGAGUUUAAUUUGUGUUUUAUGUAGAGAGCGUCUUGGUGCUUGUAUUCAGUGUUCAGUAAAAACAUGUAAGACUGCUUAUCAUGUUACUUGUGCUUUCAAACACGGUUUAGAAAUGAGAGCUAUUAUUGAGGAUGAAAAUGCUGAUGAUGGUGUCAAAUUACGGAGUUAUUGUUUGAAGCACAGUGUAACUAAUAAAAAAGAAAAAAAUUCAGGUUCUUGCUCGGAUGAAGAUGAUAGCAAGCGUAAGAAAAGGAAAGAUAUGACUUCUGAAGAAAGAAAUCAAGCCAGAGCUGUACGCCUGCAAGAAAUAGAAAGUGAAUUUGACAAGCAUGUCAGUGUGAAGGAUAUAAGUUGCCACCUCUUAGAUGUUGAUCAAGAUGCUAUACAUUAUAUAUACAAUUAUUGGAAACUGAAAAGGAAAGCAGGACAUAAUAAACCUUUGCUGCCUCCUAAGUCUGAUGAUGUUGAUAUUUUAACACACAAGCAAGAGCAAGCCGAUGUAGAAAAAAUGAAGAAAUUUGUCCAAUUGAGACAAGACCUAGAGCGUGUAAGAAAUCUGUGUUACAUGGUUUCCAGACGUGAAAAACUUUCAAGAUCAUUUUUCAAAAUGCGUGAACAAAUAUUUUACAAGCAAGCUCAGGUUUUAGAAAAAGAACCAAGUUUAGAUAAGACUGUACAAAAUGCAUUAAUCCAUGUUAAUCAUGGCCCAUCUAUUUAUGACAGAUUGUAUUCUCAUGUAAAGGCAGAAGAUCACACAAAAGACUUUGAGUUAAUAUUGUCUCGAAUAACUGGUAGUACAUCGCCCAUUUUAACUGUAGACAAAAAAUCUAACGAUUUUAGUGGUCUAAGUAAAGGUAAGAAAUCAGACAACCCAUAUAAAAAAAUGUAUGUCAAUGGAUCUGUUCGAAGGAGCACCAGCUUAUACGGUAGUAGUUUAUCUAGUGAAAGUGAUACAGGAGGACAAAAUCAUAGACGUAUAGAUUCUUCUACAGAAGAAGAAGACGGUAAGAAAAGGACGACGGCGACGGCGCGUUUGCAUAAAUCUAGUGAAAAUUUGUUGAAAUCUGUGGAGCGCAGAAAGACUAAACAACAAAGUGCCAGUGUAAAUAGUGGUCGGACUAAAGUUUUUGAUAGUUCAAGCGAAGAAGAACUGACUAGUAAAUCUAAAGUGUGUAAUAGUUCACCAAAAAGUCGAACAUUGCGGCAAAUGGAACGCGAGUUAAAAGAUAGGCUGUCGUCGGAGUCUGAUACGGACGACGAGUUGAUGCCUAUAAAAAGUGUCAAUAAAAGUGACGAUAAAAUUUCUUCGCUCAUUUAUUCAGAUAGUGAUAGUACAGAUAAUCGUGCAGAUAACGCGAACGCCAGCGAUUCUCAAUCUAAACUCAGGACAAAGGCGGCUGUGAAGGAAUUCUCGAUACAGAGCAAAGGACGGCCCAAAGGCAGACCGCCCAAAGAUAAGAGCGCAAAUGAUGACAAUAACAAGGACAAGGACAAAGAUACCAAAACGAAAAAAGAUCCUACUGAGUUGAUAGUUCCUCAGAGACAGGCCGCUAAGAAGGCGUCAGAAAACCUGAAAACCGGCACUAGCACAAACACAUGCAGUAAUAAUGUUGUACAAAGUACUCAGAACCCCAUAAAGACAGAGCCCGAUGAUGUGAAACCCGACGUUAAAACGACGCCGAAGACUAAAUCUACACCGAGGACCGUCAAGGAGCGAAAACCGUCCAUAAAUCCUGCGGAUGACAAUGAAAAAAGUGCUGAUAAAGAAGAAAAUAUGGAUCUGUUGGCUUAUGUCCCACAGCGACAGGCUGCUAAAAAAGCAGCUCAGGGCAUCAAAAGCGGCCUGGGAAGCAAACCGGCUGAGAAUCAAGCAGAAUCCAAGGAAAACAAGAGCAAAGACCAACCUCCCAUCGAUGUCGAAAAGGAAAAAUCUAAAGAGAAGACGAUUUUGCAAUCGAAAUCUAAGGAAAUCGCUAGUCCCAACAAACCAUGUCCCUCAUCAAAAUCUAGUUCUGGUUCAUCGACUAGUAGUUCUGGUUCGAGUUCGGGAUCUAAUUCCGAUUCUAGCUCGUCUUCCUCGAGUUCGGAGAGCGAGGACGACAAAGAUAAAUCGGACAAAAACGCAAACGCCAAAAAGGUGUUGCCCUUUCUUGACAAGGUCCCAACACAAAAACAACAACAGCGUGUUCCGGCGAGAGCGAAGUUGUCCGAUGGAUCUUCGUCAAGCAGCAGUUUCGGUUCUAGUUCCGACUCAGAAGAAGACACCAGAGAUAAAUCUGGUGCAACAAAAUCCACCAACGUUCCCAGAAGAAAGAAUUCAACUGGAAAGAGUCUGAAGAACCAACACAACAGCGAGCUAACAGUCAGAAAGCAAAUAAUAAACCAACAACAUCAUCAUCAGCGAUGGUCAAAAAUAAAGCAACUUCAAGAGCGCAGACUGCUGAGAGAGAGGAAUCAUCUAGAGGUGCCGCUGUCCAGGAGGAGUAAAAGGGGUGAUGACCAGGAAAGUGAUAGGCGCCGAAAUGUUACUAGCAGGACAAGAAAUUUGGAUGGGGGUCGUGAACAUACCGGACAAAGGAGGAAAUCAGGUGGAGAUGGACGAGGCAAAUCCAAAACGGUCACAGAGUCCAGUGAGUUAUCAUCUUCGCAAUGCAAAGAAGAUAAAAAAGUGAUAUUAACAGACAAAUCGACUCGUUCUGCACAUAAAGACAACAGGUCUACAAAUAAAGAUUCCGUGGAGCUUCGUAAAGAUAUUCGGUCGCCACACAAAGACAGUCGGUCAUCACGUAAAUCUGAAAAAUCACCAAUCAAAGAUAAUCAUUCACCGAGAAUAGGCGACCGUGAAAUCAGCAAAGAUGAUUGUGGGCUGCACAAAGAUGUUGAUACACUACAUAAAGGUGAUCAUUCAGCACUUGACGAUGUUCAUUUGAGUAAAGAGGAACGUACAGAUAAACCUAAAGAGGUACAAUCACAAAAGGAACUGAAUCAAUCAGAUAUUGUUAUUCCAAAUAUCAUUGAUCAUGAGAACGUGAUUGAUCAAGUGAGCAGAUUGGAACAAGAAAUCAUGGAUAGAAAAGCUGAAAGAAAUGAUCCUGCAGCAGUAAGACAAUCACGUGGAUCUUUAGAUAAAUUAUUUACGAGCAAGCGUGACAAGCAACAAACAAAUUCACCGCAAAAGGAUAUCAAAGAGAACAGAGAACCUAGCAAAGACAAAAGAAAAGACAAUCUUAGUCCUUUUAAACUUACUCCUGUGGAAGUCAGCAGUCCGAUUAAAGAAUUAGUACUAGACAACAGUGACAUGUUGGAUGCUGAACAUGGUUUGGAUAAGAAUAAAAGAGUGAAAACACCUCUGAGGAAUAAAAAAUCAACAGGCAUUUUAAGUGAUAUCCAGCCGAAUUCUGAGAUUAAAACAGACACACCUAUUUCAGAUCAAUUGGAUAAUGCACUUCAAGAUGAUAAGAAUGGUAUAAAAUCUGAUAUUUUGGAAGAAGAAUAUAAGCUAAGAAAACAUUUGACAACAGAUAUUUUGCCAGAUUUAUCAAACAAAAUACAACUAGAGCAUGAUAUAUUGAAUGAGGUAAAAGAUAUCCACCACACAAGGUCUAUAUUCUCUCCUCAUCCUUCCAAUAAGGAUGCCAGUUGUUCUGAAUUAUUUGAUUUGGCAGAUGAUAUAGCCCAAACCGACCGGGUAAUGACAGCCGAGAAUGAGGAAAUUAUGAAAGCACCUUCUUUGGGAUUCUCAUUCAAUACUGACAUGCUUUUCAAGGAAGAUUGCAAAGAAGAUAGCGCCAGAGAAACAUUGAAUCUGGUUGAAAAACUACGAAUGGAAUAUUCUAAAAAAACUGUUGGCGGUCUGGAAAUCGAAAUUGAGGCUAAACCUCCAACACCAAAGCAGGAAGAUAUCAAAGAAAUUGUUAAAGAAGACCUGACACCUGCAGUGCCUUUAGUUGAUAAUUGCCAACCAGCUGAGUCUCCAACAGUCAAACAUCAAGAUCCUCCAAUUGAGAUACCACAGUUUGUACAGCAGCAUCCGGCCUUUUAUAACUCAGAAAUGCAGAACUUGUGCGUAGACAGAUCUAAAUCUGAUCAGAUUCCAGAUGAAAGGUGGAUAGCGUCUAGCGCAAAUCAAGAAAAACAGCACAACUUUAAUUUGGAAUUAUCUAUGCAACAAGAAUUUAUGGAGAAGUUUCAACAAAAUUAUAUUGCAGAAACACCACGGCAGGAUGUAGAAGGUAGUGUGGUGUGUUCACCAUACACACAUCAAGAAAAAUGGGCCGAUAGCAAUAUAAUGCCAUUGCGAAGAUCAUCUGAAUCCUCUCCUGCUUCUAGUGUUUCAGAAAACAUAAAUUCUAUGAUGCCACAAGCUGCUGGCAUUGUCUCUCAAGAUAAUCUGUACCAGAGUUUUCAGCACUUUCAAAAUAAUAUGGAUUCACUUCAAUACCAACCGUAUUCUGAGGCUAGCCAAUUCGUUACGAGCGGACCUGUGUCUUUAUUCCCACCAGUCAGCACAAUGAGUGCUCAGCUCCCGUUCCCGUCCCCAGCUAUGUUUCCGCCGCAGUACUCCACAAAUUUAAUGCAAUCCAUGCCGAAAUCGACGGACGAUUUGCAUUUUACUCAACCUUGUGGUGCUGCUUUCACUUCAUCAUCUCAUAAUAUGGCUUUGACGGCUGCUAUGGUCUCUCAAAACCCAAUUCAGGAAACUGCGCAUCAAUUACCCAUAUCGGAUAUCCAGAAACCGUCACCUGUCACAGACGUGAGCAAGACUCCGAUCUCCGGAACAGAACAGUCGCCUGCCGGCAAGAGAUCGCCCGCUAAGCCUACGCGUACUUCGGCUAGAGUUGUAUCAUUGCAGAAUAAGUCACCAGGAAAGAGUCCAGGAAAAUCUCCGAAACAAUUCGAGCCCAUGAAAACCAAAAGCGGAAAGAUCGACGGCAGAUCUAUGCGCGGAGGUAAAUCAGCUCGUGGGGCUUCCGGCGGCCGUGGCAGAGGUCGUGGAAGGGGCAGGGGUCGAGGUGGAUCGACGUCUCAUCCGGUACAUCAUCCGUCGGCCCAAGAUCUGGAUUUCUUGAGCGGUACAAUGCAUAAUAAACUGGCUGGGACGGUUUAUGAUUUAGAUUUUGACGAUGACUUUAACGAGAGCAUGGAGAAUCUGAGAGCUAUGCGAGAGAGAAGACGGUCUGUUGAUCUACACGAUAAAAAUAAAAUCUUAGAAAAAAGUAAUUCUCAAUCGCCUAAAUUUGCAAGUCCUCCGCAUCAAACGGCGUCAUCGAAUAAACAACGCAAUACAUUUUCAACUGAUAUACAAGCUUUGGCGCCACCGUCGCCACUCCUAACAAACGAUACUCACACAAAUGUUGUGCCUGAACAAAAUUUCACCAACAUCGUGCAGCCUGUUCUACCAGGACCUGUGGAUAUGAGGACAUACAAUGCUUUUGACCCUGCUACUAACACCGAAGCGUAUAAUAAUCACUUACUUGGAGCAUUUGCUAGCGGAACCGCUGAACAGCCUUUGCCCGAUAUCGAUGAAGAGAUGGAGAAAGAAUUGCAUUCUGCCUUAAUAGCCAGCACAAACAAACAACCUCCGCCUGUCGUGGAACCACUACCGCCUAUCCCGAGUCCUGUCCGAGUGGAACCAGUAGUGAUGCUUUCCGAUUUAGAUCCUGUAAAAAUGUCCCUGACGGAUUCAAGAAAUCAACUCAAAGUUAAAAUCAAAGGACCGUUUCUUGACGCUAAUUAUACAUCACAAACACCGCAGACGAUCACACAACAGACUAUGAUGCAGCCCAGUGCUUUGCCUAUAAUGCCGAAUAACAUGAACUCUUCUGGAACCUCAAAUCUUCGAAGGAUGAGGAAAAAAGAGCUCUUGAGGCAGUACUGCACGCAGGACAUGAAUAUGGAUGACCCGCCUACCGUUCCGCCUAUAAAUAACCCAAUACCAAACAUACCUUUGAUAAGGACUGCUAUUACGAUACCCAAGGCCGUAGCUUCGAUGACCACGAUUCCAACGCGAGAAGACUAUAAAGCUGUGGUCGAUGCUAAUAUGGAAAAGAAACGCAAGAAAGCUCCAGGAAUACCUAGAGAACUUCGCCAUCUGGACAUGCCUUUACAUGAUCUUAUAGAAGCCGAUCGUAACCCCAAUUCCGCCCUAGAUGACGACAAUCAAUCGUUCGCGUACAAGAGAAGAGGUCGUGUUAAUAAGCCUCCGGUUGCCACAGUAGCUCCUCAAAGGGUCACACCUAAAUUGAAAAUUAAAAUUGGAAACAGUGUGGUAGAUACGGUACCUGCAUUAGAUGCUGGCAGGCCUCCCAAGAAACGUUUGUCCAGCAUCCCCAUGCCCAGCGUGGAAGAUUUAAAACGGGACUGUAUGAAAUAUAGAAAGCAGGUUAUGGCCGAUUUUGAUCAGAAGGAUAAAAGAAAAACUAAGAAGAGCUCGAAAAAGAAAAGGAAGAGAGAGAAAAAGCAAAGAAAAUUGGAGGUGAUUACUAACGACGACAGAGAAGACGCUGCUCCGAAGUUGAUCAUACGCUUCGGAGGCAAUAAUAAUGCAGGUACAAGUAAGACGGAAAGUACGUCGGAAGAUCCUUUCAAUUACGAUCCGUUAGCGCAGGACCCAUUGGCUUUGGAGAUGCCAGAAGCUAUUAAAGCUUAUGACAAUUCGGCGGAGGAGACUAGUAACGAACUUCCCAAUAAUAUCAAAAUGGCAAAAGUAUCCCCGAUCAAAUUGAAAAUUUCCAGGGAUAUUCCUGGCGCGCCAUAUGUUCUGGCGCAGCAACAACAUGAAAAUAAGCAAGUGGAAACUGCCGUGGUGACGGCGCAGGACUGCGAGGUGAUUAGGUGAUACGAUGGUAAGUUAGAUGCUGUUUAGAUAAUUUCUAAUUUCAUUGUCGAUAAGAUUCGGAUUGAGAACGAUCAAAUCAGUGUGCGCGCGCUUUGAUGCUUAUGUAUCUGUAUAUAACUAACACCAGACGUGCACCGUCUCAGCUAGAUGUUAUUAUCUAUUAUUUAUUAAUUAUUUAUUUUAUUCGUUGUUAGUAGAAUUUCACUUUUAAAUAUGUACUAUGUACUGAUUUUAUAGAUUGAUUGUUUUUAUUCACUUAUUUAUUAUUAAUUAUGUUAUCUCGUUAGUUUUAUGUCAUUUUGACAAUAGCUCUUCUACUUUAGUGCACAAAGCGCGUCCCACAUGUCUAGAGUCAAUUAAAUUUAAAAAAAAAAUCACCUGAGACGGGUAAAUUAAAUUCUCUGUAUAUAUUAUAGUGUAAUGCUGAUAGCUAAUAGUAAAUAUAGCUUACAUUCAUAAAUAUAUUUAAUUAUUUAGUAAGACUUAUAUAUUAUUAAUAAUGUUAGCCAAGCAUGUUUUUGAAAUUAUAUAAAACAAGA